CGCCAACGUAACCCCACGCCUUCGGGAUUAAGGCACACCAGCCCACAGGGAGGAGCUGAAGGACAGAGUCUGUGUGUUACGUGUCUAGCUGCACUGUUCUCCAUGGCUGCUCUAUCGACCAUAAGCCCUUCCUGCCCCCUCCCAACUCAUAAGCAUACCAAGCACAGGAUGUUGGAAGGAAGCAUCAGCAGGAACCAAUCAGCACAUCACGAAGUGGAUUGAGUUGCAUGUGCUCUUGUUUGUGUACGUGCAGCAGCCGGUUUCCAGCAGAGAAGGCGGGACUGCAGCCAGGGUACGGUUUCUUUAGCUGGCACUGCAUUCAAUGCACUGGCAGAAGGGAGUAAAGAGCUCUACUGAAAGUUAACUAAUUCAACCACAGCUUUUGUCACAAGAUUUUUUGGGGGGAAAAAUAAGGAAGAGAAUGUUACUGUUGGACUGCAAUACAGAGCCUGCUGGCCUGACCCACCUUCUAGAAGAAGGGACAGAAGUCAACAUAGCUGCUGAUGCUUUUGUCCAAUCUCCAGCUCAUCUGGCUGCUCAUGGAGGAAAUGCUUUCUUCCUACUUUGGCAACUGCAGACAGGAGCCAAUGUGAAUGAACAGGAUUGGCUUGGGGAAGCUCCAAUUCACAAGGCAGCUAAGGUUGGGAGUUUGGAGUGUCUUGCUUUACUUGUCGCCAGUCAUGCCAGCAUUGACUUGCGCAAUAAGAAUGGUCAAACAGCAGAAGACUUGGCACUGGCUUUGGGAUUUCUGGAUUGUGCCCACUUCCUCAUGACAGUGAAGCAAAUUAAGAACAGGAAAACAGUAGCACAACCUUGUUAUUCUCUGAACAGCAAUGAGGAGAACUUGUCCAGCAAUGCUGCAACAAGACAGAAACGAGCAUGGGCAAUCAACAGAUCCAUAAGCAAGAAGAGAAUGAGAUCAAAUGUAUGAAAUUCCUGAUGUUAUGCGAAAGCCUGUCACAACAAGAAGAAACAUGAACAAUCAAAACUCAAAGGGCCUGCAGCGCAAAAC